UAAAAUUUAAAUUUAACGACAACUAUAAAUAAGAAGUUAGAUUAAACCAACAAUAUUAAAUAUUUCAAUUUAAUUGGAUUGAAUUCAAUUUUGUAUGUUUGACCGUAAUUUAUAAAUAGUCUUAACCGUUACUCAACAUGUCUUAUAUAGAGGAAGAUAACAUGCUCACUGCCCCAUGGGUAGGUCAAACAUCAUAUAAAAACGGUUUAACUAUUGUUGUUCUUGCUGUAAACCGUGAUAUAGUUGAGAAUAUAUCAGAAGCUUUGAUCCACGUUCAUACAAAAGAAGACUUUCAGUGGAAAAUGAUUGUUCUACGCUGUAUAGAUUUGGAAAGGAUCAUCAGUCAGUCUGAUAUAACAGGAAGGGUUGGAAUAGAUUUCAUGGUCAUUGCUAUAGAUUUAAGCACCGUUUUUUGUAUUGAAUGGGUAAGGAAAAUGCUAGAUAAAGUCCACCCAGAUUUAAAAAUGCGUCGAGUGGUAUUGGUGAAUCCUUGUGGGCUUUCUGUUGAUUCAAUGGCUGUGAAUACCAGUGAUGUUUUAUCAUUUUGUAAAGAAAACAAAUUAGAAAUGAUAAACGCAAAUGUUGCUAAAAAGGAUGAAGCAGAAUAUUUAGCUCAGAGGUUGUUGAAUUUUAUUGGAGCAUCAAUUGGUUACAAAACAGGAAUACCUAAUCUAAAUAUAUUAUAAAAGCUAGAUUUGUUAUUAAUUUGAUAAUAUGCACACUGAAGCCUAGACGAGGUUGCCAAUAAUUAAAUAGCAAAGUCGCAAUUGUUUUAAUGAUAUAUGAUGCAACACUUUAUAUAAAAAUAUUCUAUAAUUUAUAAAAUUAUUUAAAAGCAAGAGGAUGUGAAACAAUAAAGUAAUUUCAAUUGGUAAUUAUAGAGAUACGUUUGUCAAUAUUAAAUUUCAUAAAAUGUGA